UCAUCUCUAGUUUCUCAUCUCUAAUCAGCUGUUUGUCUAAAUUCGCAGUAAAUUCACAAAGUUAUUAUUUAUCCCCAAAAAUUGUUUCACUAGUAGUAAAAAUAAGUCUGAAACCAUGUCGGAUGACCUGCCGGAGCAGUUUGACCUGGUGGUCAUAGGCACAGGCUUCACCGAAUCCUGCAUCGCCGCUGCGGCCAGCAGAGUGGGCAAAUCGGUUCUCCACCUGGACAGCAACGAGUACUACGGGGAUGUUUGGAGCUCCUUUAGCAUGGACGCUCUGUGUGCCCGUUUGGAACAGCAACCCGAGCCCCAUUCCACAUUGCGAAAUGCCAGCUACACCUGGCACACCACGGAAACAGAGCUGGGAACAGGGGAAGCCACUUGGACCAAAGACUCGGUGCUGGCCAAGUCCCGUCGCUUUAGCCUGGAUCUCUGCCCACGCAUCCUUUACGCCGCCGGGGAGCUGGUGCAGCUCCUCAUCAAGUCGAACAUAUGCCGCUAUGCGGAGUUCCGGGCUGUGGACCAUGUCUGCAUGCGCCACAACGGGGAGAUUGUGUCCGUGCCCUGCUCCCGCAGUGACGUCUUUAACACGAAGACACUGACCAUCGUGGAGAAGCGGCUGCUGAUGAAGUUCCUCACAGCCUGCAACGACUACGGCGAGGACAAGUGCAACGAAGAUUCCCUGGAGUUUCGGGGGCGCACCUUCCAAGAGUACCUACAGGCGCAGCGGGUGACCGAAAAGAUAGCGUCGUGCGUGAUGCAAGCCAUUGCCAUGUGUGGCCCCGCCACCAUCUUCGAGGAGGGUAUGCAGCGCACGCAGCGGUUUCUGGGCAGUCUCGGCCGCUAUGGCAACACACCCUUCCUGUUUCCCAUGUACGGCUGCGGGGAAUUGCCGCAGUGCUUCUGCCGCUUGUGCGCUGUAUAUGGGGGCAUUUACUGCCUGAAGCGAGUUGUCGACGACAUUGCCUUGGACUCAAAUUCGAAUGAGUUCUUGCUAAGCAGCGCUGGAAAGACUUUGCGGGCGAAGCACGUGGUGUCCGCCCCUGGCUAUCCACCAGUGUCCAAGGGAAUUGAAUUAAAGCCCCAUAUCUCUCGGGGCUUGUUCAUAUCGUCCAGCCCCUUGGGCAACGAGGAACUGAACAAGGGAGGCGGAGGCGUGAAUCUCCUCCGACUACUCGAUGCCGAUGGGACACGCGAAGCCUUCUUAAUUCAACUUUCGCACUACACUGGAGCCUGCCCCGAGGGUCUAUAUAUCUUUCACCUGACCACGUCGGCCUUGAGUGAGGAUCCUGCGUCCGAUCUUGCUUUAUUUACUAGCCAACUAUUCGAUCACUUAAAUGCACAGAUCAUAUUUAGCUCAUAUUUCACAAUCGCUGCGCAGUCCGAUACAAGUGCAGCUGCGGAGCACAUUUACUACACAGAUCCUCCGACUUACGAGCUGGAUUACGACGCGGCCAUUGCCAAUGCUCGCCACAUAUUUGGCAAACUCUUCGCAGAUGCUGACUUUUUGCCACGGGCCCCAGAUCCAGAGGAGAUUGUCGUGGAUGGUGAAGACCCCAGUGCCUUGAACGAACACAGUUUGCCCGAGGAUUUGCGGGCACAGCUGCACGAUAUGCAGCAGACGACUCAGAAAAUGGAUAUACAAAACUAGAUGAAACGGAUAAUUAUAUCAAACAAGGGACUUUCUCAGUGUCCGAAUAUCUUAUGAGGGGAGCAGACCUUUUUCUAAAUAGUAUGUUAAAUUGUGAAAAUUAAUUGAUCAAUUUUGCUUCAUAUAUUCCUAUAUAUUUAUUAUGUAAAUUAUUUAUAAUUGCUAAAAGUACUAGGUUUAUAUAAAUGUUUAUAUGUGAGUGCUUCUGUGCAUUUCGCUUUGAGAAAUAUACUUUCGAAAAAUAUGCAUUCCAA